GUGUGUGUGUGUGUGUGUGUCUGUGUGUGUGUGUGUGUGUGUGUCUGUGUGUGUGUGUGUGUGUGUACCAGGUACCGGACCACCAAAGACAUCAUCCUCCCGUUCCGGGUCAUCCCUCUGGUCCGAGAGGUGGGCCGGACCAAGCUGGAGGUCAAGGUGGUCAUCAAGUCCAACUUCAAGUCCUCGCUGCUGGCCCAGAAGAUAGAGGUGCGGAUCCCCACCCCCCUCAACACCAGCGGUGUUCAGCUCAUCUGCAUGAAGGGAAAAGCCAAGUACAAGGCCAGCGAGAACGCCAUCGUCUGGAAGGUGAAGCGUAUGGCUGGGAUGAAGGAGUCUCAGAUCAGUGCAGAGAUCGAGCUGCUGCCGACCAACGAUAAGAAGAAGUGGGCUCGCCCCCCCAUCUCCAUGAACUUUGAGGUGCCCUUUGCCCCGUCGGGUCUGAAGGUGCGCUACCUGAAGGUGUUCGAGCCCAAACUGAACUACAGCGACCACGACGUCAUCAAAUGGGUCCGCUACAUCGGGCGCAGCGGCAUCUACGAGACCCGCUGCUGACCGCCGCCGGGGCUGCUGGGAAAACCCCGUGAUGACAUCAUCAUGGCUGUUAUUGCUGUUGUGUGUGUGUGUGUGUGUGUGAUGUGUCGUCGUGCUACAUAGAAACUUUAUUAAAGGUUAACUUUCAGGUUUUUUUUCAA